CGCCGCUGGGGGCGCUGUGGAGCGUUAACAGGUUUAAACUGGCAGAGAAACACACGAAGAAGAAGAAGAAGCUCGUCGCCAUGGCGGAAACAGAGCAGCCGUCAGGAUCGUCUCCUGAAGAUGAAGCGUCUGACGCCACAGCCGGAAUCGCCUUCAUGAUCCCCAAGAAGGAAAUCAGCACGGUGCCAGACAUGGGAAAGUGGAAACGGUCUCAGGCCUACGCCGACUACAUGGGCUUCAUUCUGACUCUGAAUGAAAGCGUGAAGGGGAAGAAGUUCACCUGUGAAUACAAGGUUUCUCAGACUGUAGAGAAACUGCUGGAUCUUCUGGCCACUCUGGAUCAGUGGAUAAACGAGACUCCUCCCAUUGACCAGCCGUCCCGCUUCGGGAACAAGGCCUUCAGAACCUGGUUCUCCAAACUGGAUCAGGAAGCAGACGUCCUGGUGGCGGCCAUUCUCCCUGCAGACAAAGCGGCUGCAGCCUCAGAGAUCGCCGUCUACCUGAAAGAGUCUGUGGGUAACCCCACCAGGAUAGACUACGGCACAGGCCAUGAAGCAGCCUUUGCAGCCUUCCUCUGCUGUCUCUGUAAGGUGGGGGCUCUCCGGGUAGAUGAUCAGCUGGCUAUCGUCUUUAAGGUUUUUGAUAGGUAUCUGUCGGUGAUGCGGAAGCUGCAGAAGACCUACAGGAUGGAGCCGGCCGGCAGCCAGGGGGUCUGGGGUCUGGAUGAUUUCCAGUUUCUUCCCUUCAUCUGGGGCAGCUCUCAGUUUGUGGAUCAUCCGACCCUGGAGCCUCGCCACUUCAUCAACGAGAGGGUGGUGAACGAGCAUCACCAGGAGUACAUGUUUCUGGAGUGCAUCAAGUUCAUCAAUGAGAUGAAGACGGGUCCAUUUGCUGAACACUCCAACCAGCUGUGGAACAUCAGCGCCGUCCCAAGCUGGUCCAAAGUCAACCAGGGCCUGAUCAAAAUGUACAAGGCAGAGUGCUUGGAAAAGUUUCCCGUCAUCCAGCACUUCAGAUUUGGGAGCCUGCUGUCCAUCCAGCCAGUGACGCCUUGAUACCUGCAGAUGGAGGAAAACGACCAAAACAGCAGCGUCCUCCCUUCAGGGGCAGCAGCAGCAGACCCACCCCCACAUUCAUGCAGUGGUAGGAGUUUAACUGCACCAACUGAAUACUGGUUAUUUCUGCUGAAAGGUUGACUUCAAUUAUCGAGGCGUUUUGUUCUUUUUCACAAUGUUAGUUAAAGCUGAGCUUUGAGUUGAAGUCAGACUUCAGAUCAUUAGAUUUCUUGCAGAACUAUUGUCCGUCCGUAAAGCUUUCUUGUAAUGAGAGGUUUGCUGGUCUGUAAAAGGUUUAGUCAUGAGGAAUGUGUGCGUCCGUGUGUGAAACGUCAGACACAUGCAGUGACGAAGCCCAAGGUACAGUACAAUUCUUUUGCUUCUCAGUAAAUCAGCCAAUCAGCAGCCUUACACCGUCACCCAAUCACUGUGCUGUUUAGAUCAGCCAAUCAGAAGCAGGAUCUCCACGUUAGAAAGGAAAAGAAAUCUUUAUUCUGCAUGAAGGAG